AUGUCACUUUCGUUUGAUGAUCGGAUUCUGGGAGAAAAAGUAGAUAAUUACUGCAGUUCCAGCGACGAGGCGGAUUCUGACGAAAGCAAUGACGAGGAAGUCAGCAAAGGUGUACCAGUUGCAGUAGCUUCUCGAUUUAGCGAUACUCUAAGCCACCAGGUUGCCCAGACGGGUCCAAAAGGUGUAAUUGCAGACUACAAGCAGUAUAGAAGGCUUAGAGACGAACAAGAGAAAUUGAAGAUUGAAACGGCUUCGCGGAUCGCCAGAAAGUGUGCCCUAACCAGCAGACCAUAUAGUGCCGAUCAAUCAGCCAAAGAGGAGGAGCAACAGCUCAAGGAAAUGCUUGAGAGCCUUAUGGAUGACGAUGAUGCAUUUUUGAUGCAAUAUAGGCAAAGGCGUAUAGCCGAAAUGCAGGGUAUGCUCAAGAGUCUGUAA